UUAUUGUUUUCUUAAUCGACUAAUUUCUACAUUUCCAGCAAUCCAUUAGGGCAGUGGUGGAAAAAUUGAAGAAGGCGACCGAUGACCAACUGAUUUUGACCUACAACAGCAAAGAAGAAGAUGAAGAAGGCAUGAAGAGAGUAGUGAGGGAGACCAGAAGGCUGUAUGCAGACCAGGGUUGGGCAGUUGGUACCUGUGAAGAAGCUUUUUGGUGGGUGUGGACCAACAAGAGGGAUGACCUGAGAAGACAACGAAGUGGAAAGGCAGAGGCCCACAGGUUGUCUGCUAAGAACAGCAAAAGGGUCAGAUCAAAACUGGAAAGCAGGAUGAAGGCCAUUGCAACCAUAGACUGGCCGGAGAAGAAGAAGGAGAAAGUUCUUCCUCUCUUAAGGAAAGAGCUGACAUCACCUAUGGUGUCAGAUGAAGAGGAUGAAAAUCUUCUGUUGUCAACUGCUUUCUGGUGGGAAAGCAAGAAACUUUCUUCAUAUAAGCGGCAAUUGGACUACCAGCGGUUGUUCAAGGCUACUGCCAGAGGCCGAAAAAAUAUGAAGAUGUGGGGAAGACAUCCCACAGAAGUCCAACACGCUGAUCUGCCACUGGACAUGCCCAGCUGGGCAGUGAAAAUUCCAGUAGAAGAAGACCAGCUGAACAACACUGCUGAUUAUGAUUCCUGA